GGUUUUCAGUGUUGUGAAGACAGUUUACACUCAAACCAACACUUUUAGUGUUGUUGAAAGUGUUUUUUUAAAUAGUUUUAAAACAAAUCCUAAUGUUGGUUGAGACGGUGACAAUCUCUCGGACCAGAAAACUCUAUCUAUCGACGGAUACUGAGAGAGAAAGGAGUGACGAUAUUAGAGUUUCCAAUGUAGACUCCAGCUCAAGUUUUCCAUGCCAGCCACACUGUGAUAAACAUACACUUAGGCGCUUCUUCCCCAUAUUGCAAUGGCUGCCGCAGUAUACCAUAACUUGGUUGAUACGCGACUUCAUCGCUGGAAUGACAGUAGGUCUCACUGCAAUACCACAGGGCAUUGCAUACGCUGUCGUGGCAGGACUGCCGCCAAAGUAUGGCCUCUACUCGGGGUUCGUGGGAUGUUUUGUCUACGCCAUCCUUGGGUCCACCAAAGAUAUCACCAUCGGUCCCACAGCCAUCAUGGCGUUGCUAUCUCAUGAAUACGUAGCCAACGCAGGGCCGGAGUAUGCGAUACUGUUGUGCUUCACCACUGGAUGCAUCAUAUUGUUGUUCGGUUUCCUUAGGCUAGGGUUCUUGGUGGAGUUUAUCUCAAUGCCUGUGACCUGUGGAUUCACGUCGGCUGCCGCAGUAACGAUUUUGGUUUCCCAACUGAAAAACCUCUUUGGGCUCAAAGGACACCCCGACGGAUUUGUCGAGUGCAUCAGUCAUUUUGUCACAAACAUUCAGAACUUGAGGGUUGGAGACUCUGUCUUGGGAUUGGUUACGAUUGUUACACUAAUUGCCAUUAAGUGUUUCAAAGAAAGAACGGCUAGGUUUGAUUGGCCAGCUGCUUUGAAAAGGUCGAUUUGGCUUCUCAACGUGGGACGGAAUGCAGUUGUUGUGAUUACCGGUUCGCUUCUCGCGUUCAUCUUUUAUCAGAACAGCUUCUACCCCUUUCAGCUCACUGGUGAUGUUGCAUCUGGUUUCCCGCCGUUUAAUCUCCCACCAUUCUCUACUGUGGAGGGUAACCGAACCGUAUAUCUGCCGGAGAUGGUUACUCGACUAGGAUCCGGCAUCAUCGUCAUCCCCUUGGUGGCCAUCCUUGAAAGCAUAUCCAUAGCUAAGGCUUUUGCCAAGGGUAAAACCGUCGAUGCGUCUCAAGAGAUGGUUGCUUUAGGUGUGUCCAACAUUCUGGGUUCUCUGUUUAGUUCGAUGCCGACAACUGGUUCCUUCACCAGAACAGCUGUUAACAACGCUUCUGGGGUUAAGACUGCAUUUGGUGGUGUUUUUACAGGUCUGAUGAUUCUACUAUCAUGUGGUUUCCUGACCGACGCCUUCUUCUUCAUCCCCAAAGCCUCUCUGUCCGGCCUAAUCAUAUGUGCCAUGAUCUACAUGGUGGAGUAUGAGGCAGUUCAACUACUGUGGAGAACAAAAAAAAUGGACCUACUCCCAUUCCUGGUGACAUUUACUGCCUGCCUACUGCUGGGACUAGAGAUUGGUAUGAUUGUUGGGAUAUCCACCAACCUAUUGCUCAUCCUGUACAACUCCGCAAGACCUUCUGUGUCUCUCCAAUGGGUCAUGGUGGGAGGGGAGGAUGUUUUACUUGUUACUCCCAGAGAGAGCCUAGUGUUCCCAGCAACGGAGUAUCUGCGUCAGGUCAUCGUACAGACUUGUGCCAUGAGAGACGUCAAUGCCAUCGUAGUAGUAGACGGCUACCAUGUAAACCGGAUAGACUCUACAAUGGCUAAAGGUAUGAAAGUUCUAACGGAGGACCUAGCUGCUCGUAAACAGCCCGUGUAUUUCUGGAGGUGGGGAGAGGAGGCCAUGUUGACAGCUCUUGGGUUCGACUCAGCUCUGGGAACGUUCUUCCGCUUUGACGACACCCUGAUUCAGCUGAUUAAAGGCCCUAACUACGUCAGUCCUGAGAGUAUGACUAACCUAAAACACAACGGGAACCCAGGAUCGGGCACCUCUACUCCGACACAUUUGCGGUCAAAACAUUCCUCCCUCAGUGAAGAGCCUGGAUACGACCUCAACGACAAAAAACGUUGCUUAUCUCCUUAAGAGGAUAAACAAUCUUCUCAAGAAACAAAAUUUUACUGGAACGAUUAGAAUAAAUUGUGAUACAUUUGUAA